AUGCCCCACCACGCUCCGCCCGCGCGGCCUCCUCCGCCUUCCCCGGGCACAGGGGCGGCGCCGCCGCCCCGGCCGGCGUGGAACACGAACCGCAACCUGGUGGUGACCCACCCGCUGCUCGCCCUUCUCGAGUCCUGCGCCUCCUUCCCGCGCUUCCUCCAGCUGCACGCGCUGCUCACCGUCUCCGGCCUCGCCGCGGGCCGCUUCCCGGCGUCCCGCCUCCUCGCCUUCUGCGCCCUCUCCACGCCGCCCCGCGUCGGCCACGCCGCCGCCAUCCUCGCCCGCGCCCCCGCCCCCGGCCCUAACGCCUACAUGCUCGCCACCAUGAUGCGCGCCUUCCUCCGCGCCCGCCUCCCGCGCCGCGCCCUCGCGCUCUUCCGCCGCGUGGUCCGCCAAGCCCUCCCCGCCGACGCGCGCACGCUCGUCUUCGCGCUCAAGGCCGCCGCGGCCGCCGAGCACGGGCCGUCGUCCGCGGGCGGGGAGGGCGUCCACUGCGUCGCCCUCAAGUGGGGGUUCGUCGGACGGAGCGUGCUCGUCGGGAACGCGCUGGUGCACCUCUACGCGGACCACGGGUCGUUGGCGCGUGCGCGGAGGGUGUUCGACGAAAUGUCCGAGAGGGACGUCGUCUCCUGGACGACCAUGGUGGACGGGUACGCGCGGAGAGGGAUGGCUGACGAUGCCUGGCACGUGUUUUGCAGGAUGGUGGUGGCCGGGGGCCAGCAGCCGAAUGAGGUGACGCUGGUUGCGGCGCUGUCGGCGAUUGGGCAGAUGGGACUGCUAGCGCUGGGAAGGAGGGUGCAUAGUUAUGUUGCAGAGGGUGGUGUGGGUGGAAGUGUUAGCUUGGCGAAUGCGCUGAUCGACAUGUUUGGGAAAUUCGGGUGCGUGCCCUCUGCCAGGGAGGUUUUCAACGGCAUGGCGGCCAAGGAUGUGUACUCCUGGACGACCAUGGUUAACGUUUAUGCAAAGUGUGGUCACCUGGAGAGUGCAGCUCAGCUGUUUGAGGAUAUGCCUAGGAGGAACGCAGUUUCUUGGAGUUGCAUCAUCGCUGCUUACUCGCAGGCAAAUCAGCCUGAGGAAGCAGUGAGGUUGUUUAAAAAGAUGAUUGAAGAAAAUGUUGAGCCGAUUAACGCUACCCUUGUGAGUGUGCUUCCGGCGUGUGCUCAGUUGGGUUGCCUGGAUCUUGGUAGGUGGAUAUAUGAUAACUACAUUGUCAGUGGCAAGGCUGUACUUACCGUAAAUUUAUGCAAUGCAUUCAUUGAUAUGUAUGCAAAAUGUGGAGAUUUGGAUGCAGCAUCAAGGUUAUUUGCUGAGAUGGGAGAGAGAAAUGUAGUGAGUUGGAAUUCGAUGGUCAUGGCCCAUGCUGUGCACGGUCAGUCUGAAGAAGUCCUUCAUCUCUUUGAGCAGUUGAAAGGAACAGGUAUUCUGCCUGAUGAGAUCACAUUCCUUGGGCUACUUUCUGCAUGCAGUCAUAGUGGGUUGGUUUCAGAAGGGCGUCGGUAUUUUAAAGAAAUGAAAAUGGGCUAUCAGAUUGAACCCAAAGCAGAACACUAUGCAUGCAUGAUCGAUCUUUUGGGGAAAAGUGGACUUCUUGAAGAGGCACUUGAAGUUGCAAAUGGUAUGCCAAUGGAAGCUGGUGAGGCCGGUUGGGGUGCUCUUUUGAAUGCAUGCAGAGUGCAGGGCAAUGUAGAGAUUGGUGAAUGUGCUGCAGAUAAGCUAGUAAAACUCGAUCCAUUGGACAGUGGAAUCUAUGUACUUAUGUGCCAAAUAUAUGCAAAUAAAAGUAAAUGGGAUCAGGUGAAGAUGCUGAGGAUGUUGAUGAGAGAUAGAGGGGUAAAGAAGAAUCCUGGAUAUAGUUCUAUUGAAGUGGAUGGAAAAUUUCAUGAGUUUUUGGUGGCAGAUGUUUCACAUGUUCAGUCAGAAGAUAUUUAUGCAGCAUUGAAUAACAUUUAUUUCCAUUUAAAAUUGGAAGGUUAUGUUCCUCUAACUUGACAUGAGUGUGGUGGCAAUGCUUUCGUCCUUGUUCAUGCACCUCAUAAUAGCCAUGGCUGUAGAUAGAAAACAAAAACUUGGCAACAGACAGCAUUUCAUAUAUUUAAAGCUCAGCUUCGUGCAAUUGUGCUGUACAUAGUUUUGACCUGCUGUGAUACAUUCAGUCCAUUCGAUGGCUCAAGAAAGAGAUGAAUUGCCUAUGUCUUAAAAAGAAAUUCAUGGACAGGAAAAGGGCCAUUCUGAUCUGUUAUGCAGUAGUCUAGGUUUGAUCAGAUUUUGUCAUGUGGAGAAACUAUUAUACUGUUAAGGAACUUGAUUGACCCACGACUAAUUCUGACCAAACUAUAACCAGCUGUAGAGCUUUUACAUGGUGAAACAUAUUACUUCCAUUCCAGUAUCCAAAAUGCGCUUUGGAAAGACUUUCUCAAUGUUAUUAAGGAAUGUCGGGAAUGUGGUUGCUGAAUGGGGACAUUGAUAGGGGUCAUCGUGGUGUGAUAUGGUAUAAGCGCAAGCUUGAGCCUCUGGUCACUCGCACUCCUAAGGAAAACUGGAUGAUACACCCAGGAUGGCUUCAGCGGUUGAAAUGGACUGGCCUUUUACCUUUCGCACGUCUGGUUGAGUCUAUCCCGGGUGAGAAACACAUCUCCAUCGACGGGUCCUUGCUGAGCUGCUUAGUGGACCGUUGGAGGUCAGAGACCCACAUGUUUCACUUCCAAUGGGGAGAGAUGGCUCCUACUCUGGAGGAUGUGUCACUUUUGCUCGGACUACCGUUGGCAGGUCAUGUUAUAGGACCGUUGGACGCACCGGCUAGUUGGGAGCGAGCCCUUACACAACAUUUUCAUGGUGUUUUUCCGGAUGCUCCGGAUCCGGUAUGGGAGCAUCACGAACCUAAGUAUGAGUAGUUGCUCAAUUUCCGGAUCCAAAACUUCCGGGCGCCGUUGACUGCGGAACAGAUUACUCGGAGCCUGGAGGCCUACUUGAUGUGGCUUUUCGGCAAGGUGAUGUUCACAGAGAACCAUGUCACCACUAUUAGCGCGCUCUACAUCCCUAUGGCACUUGAGAUAGCGAGCGCUCAAACGGCGGAUCAGAUCAGACAGAGAAGUUGGGGUUUGGCGGUCUUAGCAGCUACAUACCGAGGUAUGUGCAACGGUUGCCAGCUUACAUCGAGAAAGCCAGCCCUUUUUGGAUGCCCUCUAUUCCUACAACUAUGUUCGUGGGAGAGGUUCUCUAUAGGGCGACCAAAUGUACGUGUUCGUGAGCCUAUAGACGCCAUGUUUGAUGCUGACGGCAUCGACACGCCUACUUUCGGUCUGUGUUGGACACGUCGCGAGAGACGCUUUGCUAGUGAUCAGACCAGGAAGGCAUACAUAACAUUGAACGAGCAGUUUGAUGCGUACACCGGGGUCUUCUGGUAGCCCUACACGGAAGCAGCCAUACAAGCGAGAUACCCUGGUGGUCUGUCUAUGCUAUGCACAAGGGACCGAGAUUACUGGAUGACAAAAUCAAAGAUCAUCUUCGAUGUCUUCGUCGAGGAGAUGGCACAACAGAGGGUUAUGAGGCAAUUUGGUCUUCUACAGUUGGAGCUGCCUCUCCCUAUAGAGAACCCGGUGCCAGCACACAUCCACAGGACGACAAGGAAGGGCAUGACCAGGACAACUGUUGACUGGCUAGUUAGACUAGAGCCGUAUGUUAUAGAAUGGGAGACAACAAACACACAUCUAUGGCACGACAAUCACAAUUUUGAGCUCAAUGAAUUCAAUCUCUAUUUGCGGUGCUACAUGACCGGAACACGGUUACACAUCGUUGAGCACUCCCACCCAGAGGAGAUACCGGAUCCUACUCCGUCGGAUAUGUACCCGAGCUAUGACACUUCGGGCUCUAGGCAGUACGUGGCUACUUUGACACACGAACUCUACGAGGACGUGACCACCUUUGGACGAUCACUGUCGUCUGGACCUCUUCUUCAACACCGUCCAGUGCUACAACCCUUCUUGGAACGAAUUCAGAACAAGAUACGGACUGUGUACGAGGCUAUCACGUGCACCCGGAGAACCGACGUUGUUCAGCACCAGCAGCAGCAACCGCGUCACUCCAUGCACCGACAUCAACCGCGUCCACGUCUAGCACAUCAGCCGACAACCAGGCCACCCCGUCCUGACCAACCUGGCAGUUCAACGUGGCAGCAACCCCAACACUAUGGCCCCACGUCGAGCUUCGUGUUUUCUCCACAGCCACAGCAGCACGGUCCUUCGUCGAGCUUCGUGUUUGAGCCAGAGCAGCCGUCACAACCAGCAGGAGCCUACGGAUAUCAUGCGUCUAUGUCAGCAUCACAUGAUACGUGGGGGAGUGAUCAACAUCCCGAGGAGAACAUACAUGCUCAGAUGUCGCAAAACACCCAGUGGAUGAACAUGUAUUCGACUUCUCCACCAGGCCCCACACAGGAUACACAGCAUGACCAGGGAGAGUCUGAAAUUCCUCCUCGUAACAUUAGGCCACCUAACAGGUUGGGAUGGUCGCCGCUUUCAGAUCCGCCUCCCCGCCAGGCCAGACGUCGUCACUGACGCUUCCAUCUAUCAGUAGAGACAUGACCAUCUACUUAUGUAUGAGACUUAUGUCUAUUCUAUG